AUGGGAUCACCACUGUGCGAUCAUUUGGCUAGGCUUUGUCUUCAAUGUGACUGGAAGUUACACUAUGAGACUGUGGAAAAUCACGAUAAGUCGCGGAUUCCAUUGUGUAACAAUUGCGUUUCUGAGACCGCGGUUGUCCAGUGCCUUGAUAAAGGGUUGAGCCUAUGCCAAACAUGCGUUUUAAACCCUAAUAUCUUCUCACGUUUUUUUCUUCUUCAAAACGGUUCUAAUUAUAAUUCGGCAUAUAAUUGUCUUGAUUUUGAUUCCUCUUCCUCGUCUUGUUCAUCUUCUUUUGUUGAUCGCAAUUGGCCAUUGUCCCAUGGUUCCUUACCUCUCUUUAACGAGGACUCGUCCUCAUCUUUUGAAAUCUUUCAAAGAAAUGAAAAUUAUACAAGGAAUAGUUAUAGUGAUCAACAAGUGCCGAUGCUUCGGCCCGGUUGUUUGGACAUUCCUAAGGAUAGUUCAUACUCAGGCUUCAAUGGCUACGAAACGAAAGAAGAUAUAGAAAAUGUUUUUCUGAACGGUUUUGAUGGCGACGAGGCAGUAUUAAACGAAUAUAACCCCAAUGAAGAUUUGAUCCUAACUGAUCAUCUAAUCGAUGAAUUAACGAAGCACAAUCCAGAGACCACGUCGACCAAGGUAUUAACAAACAUCACUUCAAUUCUUUGA